AGUUGUUAUCUCGGUGUUUUCCUCUGAUGUCCAAACGGCUCCUCAGCGUCUGUUAAGCUAAUCCACACCUGCGAUAAUAACAGUCACUGAAAACCAGAAAGCUGCUGCUUUUCUUAUUUCUUAUAUGAACUUGUAGUUGGCGUGUUUUACGCGCAGUGCUCCGGUAAUGUUGCUUUUCCCCCUGAAAACCUGCCUGUUCCAGGCUGAAUUGACGUUAUGACAGGAAUGAAGACAAAUCUGCAACAGGAGUUAAUACACAUUUUAAGAGACGGUAUCUUCUUACAUCCCUAUCAAGAUUUCCAGUACAGAAUUUCAAAUGAAAAUGGAGGAUAUGCCCCUCUCAGGCCCAGACAACACCAAGCUGGAGGCCUUGGUGCACGACAUCUACUCUGAGCUGGUGGAAGAUGCCUGUUUGGGCCUGUGUUUUGAGGUACAUCGUGCUGUUAAACAGGGCUAUUUCUUCUUGGAUGAAACGGACCAAGAGAGCAUGAAGGAGUUUGAAAUUGUGGACCAACCAGGAGUCGACAUAUUUGGACAGGUGUACAAUCAGUGGAAGAAUAAAGAGUGCGAAUGUCCAAACUGCAAAAGGUUAAUCGCAGCUUCGCGCUUUGCUCCACACCUGGAGAAAUGUCUAGGCAUGGGGCGCAACAGCAGUCGCAUUGCCAACCGAAGGCUAGCCAGCAAUAACAACAUGAGCAAAUCAGAGAGCGAUCAGGAAGACAACGAUGACCUCAACGACAAUGACUGGUCAUAUGGGGCAGAAAAGAAAGCCAAGAAAAGAAAGUCAGAUAAGAACCAGAAUUCACCAAGAAGGUCUAAAUCUCUGAAACACAAAAAUGGCGAGCUUGGGAGUAGCAUCAGUUCAGAGCCUUACAAGUACAACUACAAUCCUGGAAUCAGUUAUGAAACUUUAGGUCCUGACGAAGUCAGAUCCUUUUUAACGACGCAAUGUGGCGUGAUCUCCGAACACACAAAGAGGAUGUGCACAAGGUCUCAGCGAUGUCCCCAGCACACGGACGAACAGAGGAUGGCCGUCAGGGUGUUCCUCCUGGGGCCGUCCUUACCCGCGCUGCCAGAUACGGAUGCCGCGGUGGAGGGCGACAGCUUUGACAUUCCUGACGGACAGACCUUAAUGAGUCGCCUGCAGUGGGAAGACUCUCCUGAUAUUUCCCCCACCGACUCUGCCUCGUCUAAAGCCAGCACCAACCAUCCAGAUUCUCGGAAACCCAAGAAGAAGAAGAGGCCAUCCAUGGGUUUGAACAGCGGAGGGGGAAUUGGAGGUCUGACUGGAGGCAGCAGCAGCUCUCAGAGUAAUGUCAGUUUGCCGACCAAAAAAAAGAAACCCAAACUCUCAGCACCUUCUAUUUCCAGCAUCUAUGAUGAUUUAAACUAGCAUGGAUCUGUUUGUCAGACCAUCUCUUGCCUCCUGUCCCUUCUCUCAUACCAACAUUUACAGGUUUGAGCAGGUUGGGAUUAAACCCUACUUAGUAGUUUCUUAACAGUUUGGAUUUGAUAACUUAAGAUUUCUCCUCUUGCACUGUGAAUACAGUGAACUGAAGAUUGUGGCCAGUCAAAGCCUCUUUUAGGUGUUUAUGAGCCUCGUCCACCACAAACCACAAUCCACAUUCUAAUAUUCAAGCAACUGUUCAGUUGACACUUAUUUUUCUUAAAAUUAAUAUCAGAAUGACUUAAUUUAAGAUUCGAGUGUCGAUCUAUUGAGAUUUUCUACAACAAAAUAAUUGGUAACAGGUUUAAUACCAGGGUUUAGAGAGAAUCCCAUGUUGGUCCAAAACCUCAGAAUUCCUGUUUAUUAAUUGUCACUCAUUUACUCAUUUAAAGGAGAAAUAUAAUUCAUUCUGUGCUUGAGAGGAUAUGCAGUAUUUAGGUGUCUGAACUACUGACUCCCAACUCCAAAACUCGUUUUACUUUGCUCAGUUUUUUUUAUCUGAAAAUAAGUAUUUAGUGCACAGUUCAGAUUUGCAGGACUAAUAUUACAACAGGCUCCAAUUAAAAGGUUGUAUCUCCAAAUCAUCCUUUUAUUUAGUGCAACUUGGAAGUGGGGAGUCAUGAUUAAGAACGCUUCUCUUUUUUUUUCGCUUUAAAAGUAAGCGAUUAGCAGCAGUGAUGUAGUUCCCUGAAAAAAGAAUAUCAGAUGAAAGAUUUUACUGGGUGAGCUUUCUAUUUGACCAGUCUAACGAUUUGGAGGUUGGGGUUUAAAACCAGGUUUAAAACCUCAUGACAAGGGAAUACAAGGAAUUUUCUCUUUUUGGAAGUUAAAAAAUUUGAUUCAUUAUUAAACGUGGGAUCAGUGAGUGAGAACUACCAUUACCACACACACAAAAAAGAUGUGGGUACAUUUCCGUUAUAGGUUAUACAUCUUAACGCUGGCCUCUGAAAACCUUAAAUGUCAGAGGUGAGUGAGAGCCUGUGUAUAUAUAAAGUUUUUACGUGGCUAAAGAAUUGAUGUGCCUGUGACUCGUCGAUUAACCAGCGCGCAGCCACUGGGCCGCUUCAGCAUUCCUGUCUGUGCCGUGGUGUUUUGUUGACCGGGGCUGAUUCAGGAUGAUUUACUACAAGAUUGGGCAUAAAAAUAGGGACCGGCUCUAACUUUCCGUGACUGGACUGCAGACAACAGGAAGCUAAGUGUUUGAGUGUGAAAUGGUCAGUUAUUUUUCAUCAGAUCAGCUGCUAGUACCGGGAGCUUUCAGGCAUCAUAGGUUCUUGUAGGAUGAUGGCCAAAUUCAAGGGCUGUCAAUGUCCUAAUUUACUUUCACGGUCACGUAAAGCUUCACUACCGAUCUCGAAUAAGGCAUAGCAUGUGGAAGGUGGGUGAAGAGGAGUCGGGCGGCUCGGUCCAGCCCAUAAAACCGGCUCCCAACGACACGAGUGAGAAGAGCGCCGUUGUACUGUGUCCCUGCGGUAUUUUGACCAAAACAUGUCACAGACAUUUCACUAAUACCUCAGUCGGUUGUGUCAACUUGUGAAAAAAAAAAAGGGCAUGUCUCCUUUAAAUUAAAAAAAAAAAAAAAGUUUUCUUUGCAAUAUUAACUAUGAAAACUGUAGAUUUUCAGUUUUUCAUGAAUUAAGGUGUGACACCAGAAAAAGCUCUUAAAUUGUCUGACUGGCUACCUGAAACCUUCAGGUGCUUCCUCAUUGGUGGUUUUCCUGUAUCAAACCCACCUUUUUGUUUUUUUAAAGCACUUUGUGUUUGUCCAACUCAGUUGUGGUGAAACCGCUCUCAGUUGACACUCGUAUAGGCAUUUUAAUUGGUUGCUUUUUAAUUCUAGCAUUGCGUUGCACAUUUGUGUGUGUGUGUGUGUGUGCACGUGUUUGUGUGUGUGCGAGUGUGUGUGUGUUUGCUUGUCAUAUUUAUUUUCACAAAACUAUGCAUCAACAAAUGUGAGAAAUUUUGUGAAAGUAUGUGUGCCAUUUAAAAAAAACAAAACAAAAAAAAAAAACUUUGUUUACAUCAAAAUGAUGAUAUUUAAGUGUGUAUAUGUCACUGCCUUUUUAGUGAUGUGUAUGUAUCACGUCGGUGAAAGUGGAGAUUUGGGUAUUUUAUGAGCCAAUCGGCUCUAAGGACACAUGCACAGAUCAUUAGGUAACACAAACUAAAUCAUGACUCCAACAUCAGUUUUUUUAUCCUACAUAGAAAAUGUUUUCAUUUUUAGUCAUUUUGUGCUUAAAAAUUGUUUCUAAAAGAAUAUCAGUGUUGCAGAAGUGCAGAGAUAAGCCGGUGUUUGGCGUCUGACCAAUAAUGUGAUUUGAGUUGUAUAUUAGCACAUCCUUUUCAGGUCAACACCUUGUAUAAUUCACACGUUUAUUUACUCUCUGAAACUGUGAGUGUAGUUUUCGUGGAUGUCUGUUCCUACUCAGUUUUCAGCUUUUAUCAUUCAGAAACGCAUCACUUGAACUUUAUUGUUUGAGGAGUUUAUUUGUUUGGACUUGUUCAUCAAUUAAGAUAAGAGUUCCUAAGGAUGAUGCACAUUCUGCAUUUUUAAAAGUACAACAAUCAUGUCUUAGAUGGCUAUUUUCAUUUAAUAUCCCCAAGUAAUCAGUUUCGUGAAAUAAGUUGGACAACGAUUCUACAGGUCAGUGCCCGCAAAGCUACCAGGCCGUCAACUGUAUUUAGUUAAAUGCCUCAAAUAUUGUCACGGUGACAAUCAGUUAAAACCUGAUUUUAAUUAAUUAGAUUAAUUAGAACAAAACCUAUUUUCACAUCAGAUCCUGCUGCAAAAUUAGACGUGUCCUUGUGAAAUCUGUCCAGUAAGGUCCUGUAAUGUGCACUAUUGAUAAAUGAAUAUUAUUGACAUAACUUUCUAAGUACAUUUUGAUGCUAAUGCCACCUUAUGUGAAUGAAGCUUGAAGCCCAAGUUUUCUUGUGGCUCUUUGUGUAUUUGUAUGCAGUACAGGUGCAAUGAAAAUGAAUGCAAUGUUGUUUCCAAUAUUUUUAAAGCACAAAUGAGUGCAUGUGUAAGUAACAUGUAUUUGGACAUAAUGUGAGUACAUAGGUUAUUUUUCUUCACUGCCAUGCAUACUUAUGUUUGUAAGUAAAUAAACAUGUACUGUACCAAGACACUGACCUCGACAGACCACAAAUUUUAACUGCUUUAUCAGGAAAUCCUUUUAUUUGAGAUACACCUGAAACCAAACAAUGCUAAUAUAAUCAUAAACAAUGUUGCCUCCAAAUCUGUAAGUGCCAGAUUCAGCUGUGAUGCUUUUUUUUUCUUUAAAAAAAAAAUACACAACAUUUUUUACGGUA